AGCACAUAGAUUCAUAACGUAUAAAUCUCAUUGAUCUUGCACUUUCUAAUGGGGAUUCAUUUGAACAAAGUUACAAUUCUUAUUGAGCUUCGAGCUUUCUUCUUAGUAUUGGUCUUGCUUAGGAUUUCAACUUCAGAAAAUCUACCAGCAAAUUUUGUAUUUGGAGACUCACUUGUUGAUGUAGGAAACAAUAACUACAUUCUUUCUCUCACUAAGGCUAAUUUUUUGCCUUUUGGUAUUGAUUUUGGUAGACCAACAGGUAGAUUCACCAAUGGAAGAACCAUAGUUGACAUCAUCGGUCAGGAAUUAGGUUUUGGCUUAACUCCGCCUUAUUUGGCACUAACAACAGUUGGACCAGUGAUUCUAAAAGGCGUAAAUUAUGCUUCUGGUGGAGGUGGAAUUCUCAAUCUCACUGGACAUGUUUUGGGUGGUAGAUUAAACAUGGAUGCACAAAUAGAUAAUUUUGCAAAUACCCGACAUGACAUAAUCUCCAGCAUGGGCGUACCUGAAGCUCUCAAUCUAUUCAAAAAGGCAUUGUUUUCGGUCACAAUUGGUUCAAACGAUUUCAUCAAUAACUAUUUAGCACCAAAUUUUGCAUAUGCUAUGUACAAAUCAGAUUCUCCUGAAAUCUUUGUCACCACCUUGAUAUCAAAACUCCGAACACAACUCACUAGGUUAUUUAAUCUGGGAGCUAGAAAAAUUGUUGUGGUAAAUGUAGGGCCAAUUGGGUGCAUACCAAAUCAAAGGGAUGCAAACCUAGCUGAAGGAGAUAGUUGUGUCACUUUUCCUAAUCAGUUAGCAAAUUUAUUUAAUACACAAUUGAAGAGUCUAGUUGCUGAGCUCAACUCGAAUUUGGCGGGUUCGAUGUUUGUUUACGCAGAUAUCUACCAUAUUUUAGAAGAUAUACUCAUAAAUUAUGCAGCAUUUGGUUUUGAGAAUCCUUCUUCAGCAUGUUGCAACAUGGCUGGGAAAUUUGGAGGUUUGAUACCAUGUGGUCCUACCUCAAAAGUUUGUUGGGACAGAUCAAAGUAUGUGUUUUGGGACCCUUAUCAUCCUACUGAUGCUGCAAAUGUUGCUAUAGCCAAACGACUCUUAGAUGGUGGCUCUGCUGAUAUUACACCGAUGAACAUUCGACAACUCUUUCAGUCUUCUUAAUACAUUUACAUUUGGUUUUUUUUUUGUGUGUGACCAUAUUAGAAUACUUGGAAUUAUUGAGGAAAGGAUUGAGUGACUUUAAAAGA